CUAGGGGGCCCGCGCCGGCCGCCGGCGAAGACGCAGCGCUCGCCGAGCCGUCCUCUCCUCCAGCAACCUUACGCGAGUGCUCCGGUGUGUGUGUGUGCGUGUGUACGCGCACGUGUGCUUCUAUUAUGGACAUGCGGCCGCCGCUAGUUUUUUACGGUGCGACGACGAUUCGGACACGGUACAACUCGUUACCGAACCAGUUGCCUCGGUGGCAGUCAUGGGAAUGACAAGCUGUAGGACAAGUUUUCGUUUGCUGGAUCAUCCGGAACACAGAUCUUACGGCCAGACGUGGACAGUGGGCAAACGAGAUGAGGAAUCGGGAGAGAAAAAAGUGGAAACAUGUGAAACGUGCUGUGCUCCAAAAAGACGCCGAAAUGUCGACAGGUGAUGUGCGAAAUGUGGGGAGCGUUUGUUCGGAGUGUUUCAGGAGGAAAAAUACGUGCUCCGAGACGUGUUUGUACGGAUAGUUCUCGACGGAGAAUAUCCUAUUUCUGAAUGUCUUUUACUUACCCUGCAACAGCGUUAUUUCGGAAACAAAAAUUAUGUGCUACUAAAACAGCAAAUCACUACAUACUUUGUUUUAUUAAUGUACAAACAAACCGCAGCAGUUUGCUAUCAGAUUUGUCUGACUACUUUCGUUCUUCGGAAGCAUCUUCGGACAUUCGUUGCCCUGGUAGCUAGACGGUAAGGGUUUAAAGCACUCCUCGACACUGUUGCCAAUAAAAACACUCUAAAUAUUGACGGCGGUGGAGAGCGGUGCUUUAAAUUUCCAAAGUGUUGCCACCAAGAUAAUGAAUAUUUGAGAAUAUCCGCGUCAGAUUAGCGAAACUAGUCGAUUAAACCAAAAAGUAUACUGCUUAUAGCGGUUUAUUUCUACAUUAAUUGCAGCGGUCGCACUUUCCCACACAGGCAAUAUCUCCGUUCGCCGCGUUUCAUCAAAAUAUCUCACAACUAAUUGAGUUGCGUUUUGUAGCCACUGGGCACUGACAUUGUGCUGUUAAUCGAAGCUAAAGUCUCCGUAUUUGUUUAAAAUUCGUCCCAGAUUAGCUUUGUAGGAGAUCAGAAACGCAGUUAGUUGUCAGCAACAUUUUAAAAUUUGAAUUUUUCUGGAAGAUACGUAAUCGAAAAAACGCAACGACUUACUAGAUUAAUAUCCGCUUCACUAUUCUCAUUUAUUGCUGUUUGAAACAGGCCUGUCACGGAAACCAUUGAGAAUUUAGGUCACAGUAUCCGCUUAAAAAACAUUUAACCCAUUAUCGAGUUUCAUACGUCCGUGUCCUUAUAGAUAACGUUGUACAGAAUUUUUUUAAAAAAUACAAUUUGUGGUAUAUCUCACGGAUUAUUAAGUUCGUUAGGCUUAGCAGUGAAGAAGAGGCUGAACACACGAAUAAACAAAGUACAUCAAAAUAAUCGAACCAGGAAUAUAUAACUUAAAAAUUCUGUUAGGUAUUGUGAGAAUCGCUAUCGUGUCAUGGAUGUUAUUGUACACUAACGUUUUCGAUAAUGAUUACCGGAAAUAAUUUAGGAUAUUCGUUGUGCUAUUGCGUUCAUGGCACUACAGUUGGUGAUUAGACAUUCCUGGAUACUUUUCUCUUGAAUAGUGUGGAGGGGGAAAAAGGGCGCUGUUUUCUUUGGGAAAUUUUCAUGCCGUUCUGAGCUUUCAUCGCAUCUCCAAUAUGAAUGCAUGAUACAUCGCUUCGGUCUUCUCUCAAAAGUGAGUGAUAGUUACAGAGAUUCUUGAGCUCCUGUGAUUGUCCCAUUCCUGAUAUUAAUUGUGAGCAAUACGUUUACGUAUAUCUGUCGUCGGUGUAUAGGUGUAAUAUUGGCAGCGAAAUACCGCGCAGUGUGUCCCACAAUCUGCACAACAGAACACUGAUUUCUCGAGAAGGAACGGCAAGUGAAGACCAAAAGUCCCACAAUCGGCACAACAGAACACUGAUUUCUCGAGAAGGCUACUGAAGACCGAAAGUCCUACGCCAGCUCAAUACUCCGAUUAAAUGAACUUGUGUAGCAUCGUCAGCUGAUCAGAAAGGGGUGCGUUUUCGGCAUAGUUGACUGCAGAUGGUGUGGCGUUUCUGAUGUGUGCAAUCGGAAGGUACUGGUGACGGCAACACGUGUCGGACAUUCGACUGUUCUGACGGUGGACUUGUCACUCCCGUCAAACGCCUUUGCUGUAUCAGAGCAUCUGGAAAACUCACGAGUGUGGGCGUGGCGAUGGCGGCGCUGUGGUGACAUGUGGGAGGCGGUGGCGGUGCGCUGGCUGCUGCUGGCGGCGGCGGCGUUCGCGCUGGGCCUGCUGCUGGGGGCGGCGCUGCCCCCGCUGCUCGUGCCCGCUGCCUCCGCGCCGCCCCCCGCCCUCUACGCCGCCUCCGCCGGCGGCGCCACGUCCCCGGGCCGACAGCGCCUCCGGCCCCCGUCGUCCACUGCGUCUUCGGCGACGCUGCCGCCCCACGCCCCCGCCAGCCUCAUCGCGGCCACCGGUUCUGACGGCGCCGUCUCCUUCGUCGCCCCACCUCCAGGGCGGCGGACGGUGGUGGAGGACGGCGUGUACUGGGGUGCGCAGGUGGAGUCGUCGCUGCCCCCGGGCUACGGCGACGCCGACGCGGAGCGGUGGCGCCGUUACGCGCGCUCUGCGCCGCUAGCGCGCCUCGAAGCCGACGGCUGCGGCCGCACCUACAACCGGCUGGCAGUCUUCGCCGACGGCGAGCGCGCCUGCUGCCGCUACCGGCAGAACAUCGACCAGCUGCAGGGAGAGGUGUUCAGCUACCUGCUGGCGCGGGAGCUGGGGCUGCCGAACCUGCCGCCGGCCACGUGGCAGCCGGUGCGCGCGCGGCAGGCGCGGUGGUCGCGCGUGCGCUCGCAGCUGGCGCUGGCGCAGUGGGCGGACGGCUGGCCCGUCGUGCUGACGCGCUUCCUGCCCGAGCUGCGCCCCGCGCACAUCCCGCCACUGCUGCGCGGGCCCGCGCGACGUCUCCACCCGCCGGACGCGCGCGCCGCCAACGCCACCGACCUGCCCGAACUGGCGCAGUGGUCCGACCUGCUGGUGUUCGACUUCCUCACCGCCAACCUCGACCGCUUCAUCAACAACCUGUACAACCUGCAGUGGAACCCGGCCAUGAUGGAGGCGCCCGCGCACAACCUGGCGCGCGACUCGCGCACCGGCCUGCUCGUCUUCCUCGACAACGAGAGCGGCCUGCUGCACGGCUACCGCCUGCUCGACAAGUACGGCCGCUUCCACGCCGACCUGCUGGCCGCGCUCUGCGUCUUCCGCCGGCGCACCGCGGACGCCGUCAAGCGGCUGGCGGCCUCCGGCGACGUCGGCGCCGCGCUGGAGCGCCGCUUCCGCCGCGCGGGCAGCGCCGCCGACGGCGACGACGCGGAGACCAACGAGGUGGACGCACUGCCGCCGCUGCCCGAGAAGAGCGUCCAGAUCCUCAACGAGCGGCUGCGCCUCGCGGCCGACCACAUUGAGGCUUGCGAACGGAGGUACGCGUAGCACAAGCCCCCUAGGGCUCCCGCCGCACGCUGCCUCGCCGGCUUCUCGCCACUCGACUACUACUACUGCAGUCAGAAGCGGGACCCACAGUCGUCGCAAGACUAUAGGAAGGACGUCUGCUCUCGAAGCACUGAGCGCCUCGGCCAGCACUGGACGUACGACGUCUCUUCCAGUGAAGCCAACCCGAGGUGACUCCUUUCUACGACAUCCGUGAUCACCUCCACGCAAGUCCUGUCAUCAGUUUCUGAGAUUUCCGAUAUCUCAGACCUUUUAUGUGGCUACCAUCAGCACACAAAACAACGAAUUCGCCAGUGUUUUACUUGUGAUGAACUGUCUGUGUCAUCUGGAUGCUGGAAAAUUCUGCUUCCUUUCGUCCACUUGCUGUGCAAUUCUCGACAGAGGAGUCGUGUUGUCUCUGCUUGUACGACAGUGCAUGUGUGCUAGAACUGUCCCCCCUUACACACAUUAUGAUGUCUCGAAUCUGACAGAGCUAGACUAAUGGCAAAGGACAGGAAGACGUUUUCUCUCUACACGAACUUGACCUGAUGUGGUUACCAGUACGAACAUUCGAAAGCAGGCUCUUCCACACUUGCAGGUCUCUCUCUCGUUGAAACAUUCCAGAGCAAAGGGUACAAACAUCUCUAAGUGGAAACGUAAACAGUAUAUUAAAUAUCUACUGCAGCUGUGUUCAGCAAAGUCGUAGUGGAAAGUUGGGAAAGUGUAUGCACAGGGUACAGAUGAGAGGAAGAAUUGUUUCUCAAUAAUCCUCGCCAACAAGGCGCAUUCGAAGUGUACUGUUACGCCUUGGUUAGUGGCACGCUCAUAAGUUACUUGUACGUGGAAGACCGCUAUUUCAGUGUACUCGGCGCUAUGGACAGCCACUCUUUUGUGCGUGACAUUCCAACGUCUGCAUUCUGUUUUCUUGGAGCUACCGACAGGACCAGAAAGCGUGACGCAAUAUUGGCAUUCUUCCAGGCGCUGUGUGGUGGUCCUCCCAUUGUCCAGGCCCGCCGGAGAAAAUGUCAGGGGUAACCGGAGGAAGUGCGCAAGAGACAAUACUGUUUUUCUACGGCGCGGGCGACACAAAAGGACGCCGCCGUGCGAAGGCAUACAGCGGAGGCUGUAGCGUCAUUAAAACUGUAGUAGGCGCCCGGCGUGCUGCGUCUGACCGGCUUCCAUUGUUGACGGCUUGCGCAGACGAGCUCGCCAGCCAGUGGGAGGGACUUGGGGCCGUGGCGAAGAGGCGGCACCCAGCGACUGCUUUCUUGGCAGAAGAUAUUGGAGUGACAAAGAGAACAAACAAAGAGAGAGAGAGAGAGAGAGAGAGAGAUUAUGUGGGUGAUGUGUGCGUGUGAGGCAGAAAGACACAGUGUUACAAAAACACAACUACUGUCUAUGUAAUAAGUCAAUUACACCAAGUCCGCUAGGCGGGACUGAGGUAGCAUCAAAUGCUCGGCACAACGCAAUGUGUGAUAAUAUUGUAUUCGCUAAGAAAGCUACGUUAAGCAUUCAACGUUUUAUGUACUUGCUCUUCAGUGUUUGGUAAUCAAAAAUAAUAUGCGAACACAGUUUUGUUAAUACAAGUGCCUAUCUCCUUGUCUUCCAAAAUUUAGUCUCCUCUCUUUCAAACAAUUUGUUUAUGUACUAGACCAGAUGGGUUACUCUUCUACUGUAUCUUAUCUGUAAAACAUUUCAUACUAUUGUACGCUUCAUUCUAAAUUUUUCAAUCCUUCAAUCUCGGAAAUACUCGUUAAAUUAGAGUCUGAGUCUAACUGAACUGUUUAAAGUCUUUUAUUAUCACAAAGUGUGCAGAUAAUGGCCCUCUUGUCAUCUUCCCAUCUCUGGUGUACAGUUAAAUAAUGACGCCUAUUGACGGUUGCAGUGAUGAGCAAGAUGAUAUGUUUGUAGAUUAUAUUUUUUUGACUGAUUGUAAGAUAUAUCUCAAGACUUUUGCAUUGCCAACAGAUGUUCGAAACUGUUCUGAGGAUUAGACUGUAAUCUACUUACACUUGUUUCAUAUACGAAUCGUUGAUUAUAAUAAAUUUUUAUGUUGUACAUUAUAACGUUCUUGUAUAACCUGUUGUCUUUUUCUAUUGUGUAAAGUAUUGUCUACUUAUAUGAAACAGUUAUGUAAGAUACAGAGAAAUAUUUUUAAAAGAGACAGUGACUGGACCAAUCCUUCUCUGAACUGCAUUCAACUUUUUGUAUUGAUGAUUGCAGACAGUGUUUCUGAGUGAUCAUCUGGAACUUUGCAUCGGUAUGGUAAUGCCUCCUGAGCGAUGGUGAACCAAAGUGAGGUUUUACAGAUUUAUAUUUGUAAUUUAUUUCAAAUAUACGAUUUACCACGUA